AUGGAGGAAUCUGCAACUCCAUCCCAAGGCUCAAGUGCAGCCCCGACCGCCCCGACCGACGAGGAAGAGAGAAAAGCUGCAGUUCUCAUCCAGAAAACCUUUCGAGGCCACCGCACGAGGCACCAGGUGCGAGGCUUUGGGCUAGAUGCUUCUACCAGGUGGUACGAUGCGGUCAAAAGCGCAAGAUAUCGCCAGGUCACAACACCUCGUCCGCCAGAACAUAAUCACAACCACGACCACGACCACGAGCAAGAGGAGAACCGCCUGAAUGACCCCAUAUCCCCUGCAAGACGGAAAUGGCGCAUGGCCGCCGAGAUUGCUCGACAGGCAGGCGCCGAUGAUACCUCUCCUUCAGUAUCCGAUUUUUCUUCUGACGAUGCUGGAGACUCCAAGCCCGGUUCGGGGGCUACCGAUGGAUCCUCCAAACCUGCGCUUGAUCGUGAAGCAAUCAAGAGACGACGCGCUGAAGCAACCGAAGCUAGAAAGAGAACGGCCAAGAUGAUGGAUCUCCAAUAUUUCCUCGAGAUGGUGGACCAGAAACACCGCUACGGCAGCAACUUGCGGAAAUAUCACAGUUACUGGAAGACGGCAGACACAGACGAAAACUUCUUCUACUGGUUAGAUUACGGCGGGGGCAAGGACAUCGAGGUUCCUGAGUGCAGCCGGGCCCGCCUGAACAAGGAACAAGUGCGCUAUCUCUCUCGAGAAGAGCGGCUCGACUAUCUGGUCAAGAUCGACAAGGAUGGUCGCUUAAUCUGGGCAAAGAACGGCGAGCGAGUAUGGACAAAGGAUGCAUUAUACAAGGACAGUGUGAAUGGAAUCGUCUCCAUCACUGACCCAUCACCCCAAUUUAAAUACAAUGUUCCGCCGCCAGAUACCGAUGAUGAGUUAACCUCUUCCUCUUCAGAAGAUUCCGAGGAGGAGAGUGACAAUGACAGCGCUGACAACACCGCUGGCGACGAAGGUGAAAGGUAUGUCAACGAAGACUUCCAUCGGGCAAGGGGCAUCGCCAAGAUGAAGCAUGUGAGUGCCGCGGUCCUCUUCAACCACAUGAUCCGCACGUCGCUCAAAAAGGGCCACAAAUGGAUUUUCGUGGCAGACACAUCUUUCCGUUUGUAUAUCGGAUACAAACAAUCGGGUUCAUUUCAGCACUCUUCCUUCUUGCACGGCGCCCGCAUAUUAUCCGCCGGACUGAUCAAAGUCAAGGACGGUCAACUGAGGAAGUUGUCGCCUCUAAGUGGGCAUUACCGUCCGCCUGCAGCCAAUUUCCGGGCGUUUGUCCACGCACUCCGCGAUGAGGGUGUGGACAUGUCUCGAGUUUCCAUCUCCAGGAGCUAUGCCGUCUUGGUCGGUCUGGAAAGCUAUGUGCAUACACGAAGACGCGUUAAGCACACGGAGAAGAUGGCCAUUCGCAAAAAGGACGAAUUGCUGCACCCGGAGAAGGUUCAACAAGAGGAAGAAGCCAGCAGGGACAAGUCGAAGAGCGCUGAGAAGGAACGUGUCUUCCUUGAGCAACAGCGGCUUGCCAAAGAACAGGAAGAGUUAGAGCGCAAGGAAUCGCAUAGGAGAAGCGGGAUCUUCUCUCGUGCGUUACAGAAGAUGAAAACGAGGCGGAAAAGCGACAAAAUAGAGGACUCCGCGAUUACAGCAGAACCCAAGGAGAAACGUAUUAUGGGCACAGGACCAGAAGAUGGUAUACCUGCGCCUGAGGGCCAGCGGUGACAUUAUACCAUUGUGCCAUUGAUGUAAAGUUAUGGUAAUAGGACUG